AUGGACGCCAUGGACAUCGACAUGCCCUCACCGGUGGCGCCGCCCAUUUGCGUGCUCGACAAGCUCCCCGCCGAGAUCCUCCUACAGCUCACCGACUACCUAUCGCAACAAGAGCUCCAAGAUCUAGUCAAAGCGUCGCCGCGCAGCCAGUCGCUGCGCAAGCUCAACAUCCUAACAUUUGCAUGCAAGACCUUCGCGCCCUGGCGGCGGCGCUGGACGAUGUUCAGCCAAGCAUAUUCCGCCGCGCUCCUCGAAGCACAGGACGCCGCAUGGAACGCGAAUCCGACCGGUGCAUCAUCGCCCGCGAUCCAGUCGUUUACCGUGUCCGUCGUCAGCUCGGCGCAGGUCCACCGCGAGGGAACGGUGAAAAAGGGCGACAAGGAGAAGCACCUGGAGUCGGUCAUGCAGACUGUCUUCGAAUGCUAUGGCUUUCUCCCGCCGAACUGGGCGGCGAGCGCGGCAGAGCCGUUAUCGCCUUCGAAACAUAGUAUCCGCCAGCUGAAGCGGUAUACGUUGAGGAGCGAGGCGCUGCGGUUUCCGGUCAUCACCGAGAGGAUGGUUUUUGAUGUGAUUAAAGGGCUGUUUGAUGAAUCACAAGCGGAUGAGAGGGGGUAUUUAUGCUUGAAAAAGCUAGGCUGCGAGUUGGGGCUACUCAGGAAUGAGCUGGAGACAGUGACCGGCGCACCGGUAUCUCUCAUCCGGAGGAUCGUUCCGCACCACAACAUAGAAGCCGGGGAGGAGCUGAUGCAGUGUUAUAUGCUCAUUACGGCAUAUUUGAUGUACACAUCUCUCGAGCCGUCACAGCUGCGAGGGGUAAUUGUGCGUGCGACUCCGGUGGAGAACGUCGGGAAGCACUACGAUGAUCGGCGUAAGGUGCUGACGGAGUAUCUCUGCUUUUUGGGGCUGUGGAUGGAUCUGUGGGAGGCGCAGAUAGGGUUGAUGAGGUUUCCCAGGGAGUAUAGAGUGCCUCUGAGCGCAUUUACACCGCAGAACAGACGAGUGCUGCAUGGGGCGUUGAAGGUGGCUCUAGGAGAGAUGUUUGCGCCUGCAAAACCAAUCAUGAGAGAAGCAAGCGAGCUCAUGAAGAUCCGAGCUUAUGCUGGCACCGGGAAAACUAGGUGUCUUGUAGAAUACGCAAAGCUGCGACCACGGAAGACCUUCCUCUACGUAGCAUUCAACAAGAGCGCUGAAAUGGAUGCGAAAUUGAAGUUUGGAUCCAAUGUGACUUGCAAAACCGUUCAUGCUCUCGCUCUCAGUGUGCUCAGUCAUCUCGCCCCACACGUCUAUGCGGCCAAGGAAGAUGAAACUAUGCCGAUCCCGAGCUUUUGGGGAAGUAAACAACUCGUGGAACUGCUGAAGCUCGACGAGGAACAGGUCAUCAGAGAUUCACUCCAGAACCCGGAAGCACACUACAAGCCUGGCCGCAGGAAGAAACGAACCACCGCAGAAUCCGAUCGCGCAGCACAACCAGGAUACCAGCCCAGCCAGACUCAGGAUGGGCAAAAGAAGCCAUUUCCUACCGCCGCCACCGUCGCAAAUGUCGUUAAAAGGACUUUGGAGCGGUUCUGGAACUCUGUUGAAAGCGACGUCCAGGAGAGUUGCUUGCCGAAGUUCAUGAUCGAAAAGCUAGGCUUGAAAUCCUCGGUGGUGUUGCGGUGGGCUAAGGAUAUUUGGCGGGAUAUUGGGCGUGCAGUUGCACCUUGGCUUCCCCACGAUGCGUAUCUCAAGCUUAUGUAUCUCUUGGGCGUGGGAACCGAGGGUGACAAGAGGGCGUUUGGGCAUUACGAUGUCAUAUUGUUCGACGAAGCCCAGGACGCCAAUCCAUGCAUGGCCACCAUCAUUCUUCGGCAACAGGCGAGGGGCGUCGCACUGAUCGUGGUCGGAGACCCCUACCAACGCAUCUACGGCUUCCGCGGCGCCGAGAACGAGGUUUUCGAUGACGAAAGGUUCCCGCCUCAGACGACGCAUUAUCUUACGUGGAGUUUCCGAUUCGGCGACGGGAUAGCUUCGGUGGCCAACAUCCUUCUCAGCGCACUCGGCGAAAAGGUUCCAGUUAACGGUGUCCGAAAAAUUGACUCCGUUAGUGCCGUAGCAAAAACCGCACAGUUAGCAUCGCAUCCAGAGGAGUCAUUCACCGUAAUAUUCCGCAAAAACGUCUCGUUGAUAGAAUACGCCAUCAUGCUCGGUAUCCAAUGCCCCAAUCACAGGAUGUGCCUGAAGAUCCAACGCAACUUCCGGAAAGCAACACUGUUCACCAACCUCCGCGAAGCACACGCACUCCUACACGAGGGCCGCAUCGCAACUACCUACCCCCUCAAGAGCUGGAAAACCUGGGAGGACCUCAAAAACCACAUCGAAGCGGAGCAUGAAGACGGCGGCUCCUCCGAUUCACCAAUUCUCAGCCUUGUCGUUCAGCUCGAAAAAACCUUAAUGGACCCAACCUUCCCCGCACUCCUCCAACGUGUGGAAGCAAACGUCCUCGAUGAUUCGGAAAUGCACCUCGCGGACAUCAUCCUCAUCACCGCCCACCAGGCCAAGGGGCUAGAAUGGGACCGCGUCCACGUUUUCGACGACUUCAAACCCGACUAUUCCGUUCGCAACCGCCUCCAAAAGAUCAAAUACUGGCGCGAGGAAGCAUGCGUCCUUUACGUCGCCCUCACCCGCGCCCGCAAAGAACUACUAAUCCAGUCUCCUCUUCGAGAAUGGCUCACUGGCGACCGCGGCUGGCAAAAAACAUACCUUCAGCUGAAACCCAGCACUUGCCAGUUCAUCGAAUCUGCCAUGGACUCGUUUCAGCUAGAGUUUGAGCCACUCCGUCAACUGAGCAAUAUCCUCAUAAAUACCCACAACCUCAUCCCGCCGAACAGCUUCACGGGAGUUAUCGAUCUCUCGCCGAACUUGAACUCCCCUGUACGAGGGGGUGCGGUGUGUCGCCCCGGCCCUACGUUCAACGUCGCGCACAGAGAGAUCAUGUGCCUACGCUGCGCUUCAUUGAUCAUGUCGAAUCUCCCCGUCCAUCGCCACGGAAGUUGUCCGGAAACGGAGCAGUAUGUGCGCGUAAUUGUUCAGAGGAUCUUGAGGCUCGAGCAGAGCGAAGAUGAUGAGGAGGUCGUAUGGUGUGAGCGAUCCCCAUGGGUGGAGGUUUGGCUGGCGUGGGGUGGCGUUGAAAUGGAGCGCGUUGAUUUUUGGGGUAGAGGGGUGUGGCAGCAGUUGGUGCGGGAUGUGGAGGAAUAAUGUUAGGGGGAUAUAAUUGUAAAUGGAUACGGACGAUUCUUGGGUGCCAACUUAGGUUACGGUAGUGUAUUGAGUAUGGUACAUAUUACCUAUUUGCAUUGGGAAAUGGACUUGCUACACUAUGUUCUACGAAAGAUGCCCCCAUUGUCUCGAAGGUCUUAUAUGUAUAUCAUACUUCUUUGUCAUAUGUACGUCCUCUCUAGAUCAGAG